CGUUUCUCAGUGUCGCUGCAGCGUUCGUGCUAGUUGUUUCUUGUUGGUAUCAUCUUUUUCGCGCUGCCGCCUAAAAUAUAUAUAUACAUAUAUAUAUAUAUUGUUUUCCUCGUGUGUGUUCAGUAGUGCAUCCUUUUCAAACUUUCGAUCUGUCGUUGUCUCUGUGUGUUUUUUAAAUCGAUCAUCGAUAACUAAUUACUGUUCGAGUACUCUUAUCGUUUUAUAUUGAUAUAUUUAUUUGCGGUUUGUUCGAGCGUGUCUCAGGAUCGAUUUGGCAGUCACGAGAUCGCGUUCGGUUUUUGCGGUUUACUUGCGAGCUUGUCUCUCUCUCUUUCUCUCUUUCUUUCUCUCUUUCUCUUUUUCUCUAUCCUCGUGGAUUAUUCGUCGGUAAUCGCGACACGAGAUCGAAGGUGUCGUUUGGAAUUUCAAAGGUAUUCGGAAGGGGAAAAAAAGAAACAAAAUAAACAAAAAAGAGAAGAAGAGAAGAAGAGAAGAAGAAGAAGAAGAAGAAGAAGAGGAGAGUGCGUCGAACUCGAAACACCGAAGGAAGAAGAUUUCCGUUCGUUCUUUUGAAUUUUUGGCGGUAAAUCGAUCACCCAAAUCGAAUCAUCAAAAACAACAACAACGACGACAAGUAUACAUACAUAAUUGUAUGUACAUAAAUGAAUGUAAACCCACCCACUACCCUCGGUAAAAUUAUCUUCGGUUGUUGUUUGAAGUGCGGGUUAUUUUUUUGUAAAUUUUAUUUGCGUACGGUAUUAAAAUAGUGAGCCAGUGUUUCGUGUGUGUUUAGAAUUAAAAGAAAGAAAGAAAGAAAGAAAGAAAGAAAUAGAAUUAUUUGAUUUGUUUUUCUCUCUUUCUUUCUAUCUUUUUGUUUGUUUCUUUCUUUCUCGAAAGCUCGUUGUUUCUUUCUGAUGCUUCGACAUUCACACACAUCACUACUCCUGCCAGCGGAUUAUUCGACUCGUCGUCGUGGGCGAACACGUGGACGCUCACUAUCCUUCUCCUUCACUUCUUCAACUUUGUUUUCCUUCUGGGAUCAUCUUCCUCGUGGUGGAUUGGCCGAUUCGUCGGAUAAGAACAAACUGUCUGCGAUAUUUGGGUGUACGAGAAAAUGCGCGUAAGGUCAAGGUGACGUUGGAGCAUGGAGACCAUAGAAGACAGUGGUGGCCUACGGGUCGAUGCCUCGAGAGGGAACAUCGCACCUGGUUGCUUACCGGUAGGGAGAAAGAAUUGUUUGAAAAUCGUUGAACCGGGUAUCGACGUUGACACGGUUAAGCAAGAGGAAAGUAGGAGAACCAUCACCACCACCGCCACCACCACCACCACCCACACCAACACCAUAGAGAUGGAUCCAUACAAGGAACUCGAGCUUUACCUCGCAAGAGUAAACGAAGAAAUCGGAGAGAUCAUCGAGUCAGCCCCAUCUACUCCAUUACGUGUCAUUGAAGAACCAAAAUAUCCAAAGCAAGAAGAAUCAACAACAAGUUUGGAUAAUACCUUGAAUACUUUAAUAUGUUUGCCAACGAAAAGUAUUGCUACUCGUAUUCCAAAGCGACAAAAUUCAUUGACACGUGGAAAUAAAAAAACAAUUGUAGCAGAAGAUAUUGGCGAGUGGUCCAACAACAUACUUGCCGAAUUUAAUAGCAUAAUAGCUAAGGAGAUUAACGAAUUAACCAAAGAACAUUCGGAAUAUAGGAAAGGACGAAGACAUAAUAUAAAAGAUAACGAAAAGGAGGAAGAAAAACCGAGAAUAAUCAAGUACAAAGAAUUGUUGAACGAAUUUGGUAUAUCGGAUAGCGAAAAUUCCGAUGAAAAUGUAAACAACGAUAAUACAAUUAACAAUACCUAUUGGUAUAACAGUAAUGAUUAUAAAAAUACUUAUGAAUGUAAACAAAAUCAUGAUAUUUCACGACGUAAAAGUGGAAGUUUACCGGAUAAUCUAGGUGUUGGUAUCGAUCAUCAUCGAUAUAAUGAUAGAACUAUCAAUGACAAUUGUCAAUCUAACUCAACGUCAUUAUCAACGAGAAACGUUAAUAAUCAUUGUUCGUGGAGUAAUUGUAACGUAUCUAGUCUACCAACGAGAAUCAAUCGUCCUGGGGGAUUAGAAGAGGACCUUAACAAUGAACCAAAGAAAAUUGUAGGUUUAAGAAACGUCUCUGACGACGAUGUACCGAUCGUCGUCGUCUUACCUCCGUCCUCAUCUUCCUCAUCUUCCUCAUCUUCCUCAUCUUCCUCAUCUUCCUCAUCAUCCUCAUCUACUUCUUCUUCUUCUUCAUCGUCGUCGUCAUCUUCAUCGUCGUCGUCAUCUACUUCUUCUACUUCUUCAUCGUCAUGUUCAAGAAUAAUCACCGUUGAAGAAUCUAAGAGUAAACUUCCACCACGUCAACGAACGGAUUUCCAAAGGAAACACAGUCUUCCUGUGACACCAAGCAAUCAUAGACGUCGUCGAGAUUGUCUAGCAAGGUUUGACAAAUUUCAACGUACUCAAGACGAUCAAGAUAUCAAUAUGGAUUACGCAGAUUACGAUGAUGUAUUUGAUACUAAAAAGGAUGAUCUUGCUGCUAGAGCUGCUAGAUCUAAAUCAUUGGACAACGAUGAUGUACCAAAAUCGGCACCGGUUACGCCAACCUACGAAGAAAAGAAACCACCACCAUUUGGGAAGUUUCUUAAAAGAAGACAGACACCUGUUUUUCACGAUAAUACGAACGACGACGUUGUAUUGGUCAGAGUAUCGUCACUACCCGAUCAGGAUUUAUUUUUAGCAAAUCGUACGAAGGAUAAUACGUCGACGAAAAAACGUGCCGUUUCACCUUUCACCUUACGUUCGGAUAUUUCAGCUAAAAGAUUGUCAGAAUCUGACAGAGAUGUCAGGGAAACUAGUCCGCCGGUUGAUUUGAAGAAAUUUUCAAUAUCAAGGUCGAGGGGUAACGACGUGGCAGUCGAAUGCGAUUUGCCACAAAAUAAUAAAAACCAAUUGACAAUGAUUAAUGACAAUAGAAGAAUGGAAAAUGUUGACGCUAAGAGAAUUAUCGAGGAACAAAACAACGCCAGAUCGGGAUCGUUGCCAAUCUCCCUGCACUCACUUUUAUCGAGAAUCAGAAAUGGUUCGGGUUCCUGUUGUCCUAACAGUCCACCAAUGGAAUCAUUUACUUAUUCUGACAUAGCCACACAAACGUCACCUCCUAUAUCAAGAAGUUCUAGUUUUACUUGGGUCAGCGAAUGCGAAUCACCGCGAGCGGAAUCGCAAUUGGAUUCGCAGUCGCUGCAAGACGAGAGUACACUAGACCCACCCUCGCCUCAAGACACCGUAGACGACGACAACAGAUCAUCAUCAUCCUGUCAAGAUCUUUUGCAAAGCAUGGAUGAGAUUUCAUCGGGUAGUUUGUCACCGGACGCUGUUGAUAGAGCUUCUUCACCCCUAGAAAGUGGAAUCGGUACUGCGAGCCCACCUAGAAGUACGGAUCGACGAUUAAGCAAACCGUCGACCUCUAAGUGUCACCGUAAAGAAACUUGGGAAAGAAUACGCCGUAGACCAUCUAAAUUGGGCUCGCGUAACGAUAAAAACAAUCAAGACGUUUGGGUAAAACGUGAAAGUGUUCACACACAAACGAAACAUCACGAGGAGGAUUUAUAUAUACAAGAAGUGAUUGACAGUAGCAGUGGAUUGGACGAUUCUUUGCCACGUGUUAAACCACCUAGACCUACCAAUCUACCAUUAUGUCUGUCUACGACAGCCAGUUCAUUGAGUUCCGGUGAAUUAUUGGAGACUCCACCACGUGCACCAUCUUCACCAUCGGCAGCUAGUCUGCAGUUGAAACCAGAACCAUUGACGAUAGAAAUGGGCGGAAAGAGUAGCAGUGCGCCGUUGUUGGAAAACAACGACGUAGGAAAUAACGUGGGAAAGGUCUCGUCGUUGCAGCAGCCACGUUCGCAAUCGGAACGACAACUAUCAGAAAUCGAAGCACAAGAGGCAUGCAAGUGGUUACGUGCAGCAGGUUUUCCUCAAUAUGCACAAAUGUACGAGGACUAUCAAUUCCCAAUUGAUGUUACGGGAGUGGCGAAGGAUCAUCCCUUUCUCGAAACUGAUUCCUUGCAAAGUCUUUUCAGGCGUUUACAUGCGCUCAAUCGUUGCGCCAAUAUGAAAUUGGACACGCAUCACUCGCAUCAUAGCACGAGCCACAGCAAAAGCGGUGGUGGCGGAGAAGAUUCAGACGAGGAUACGCAAUGCGCCUUGAGCGAAAAUUGGACAUUCGAGAAGAAAACGAGACGAUGGUCUCGGGUAGGUGACGUCACUCAAGCAAACGUUGAGAGGUUGCAAGCGAUAGCUGGACAACAGACGGUUGUGCAAUCGGAGGAGGAUUCUCUACAGGAUCGGUUAGAGGCAGAGGAGGCUGAAGAUACGAUGUUGGAGAAUUUGAAAUACAGUAGCCUGCCACCGGGUACGUUGCCGGAGGAGAUCAGUCCGAGAUUUCGCAGGACCGGCUCUGAAAGACUACGAGAUGGAGCUAAGGCCAUACUGAGGAGGGUCGAGUCCCUCAAGUCCCGACGACGCAAGCGUCAGAAUCGUGACGGUGUCGUGAUAAGCGGUCCGCAAGUACUCGACGUGAUGUCGAUGCAGCAAAAGAUGAAAGAGUUGAAUUGCGUUGACGUGUCACCAACUGGACCGGCACCGAUCACUUUUAACGAUCAUAACAACAUAUCGAGUUCCUCGCCCGUUCACGUACCCGGCUCGCCAGUGACCUUGCCACCUUCACCUUAUCAUUUACCGCCUUCUCUUCUAACGAAUGCAACGAACAGUCCGUUCGGCGAUGAUUCUUCGAGUUACUGCUCGGAUGGUUCGCAAGGAGGUGGUCCGACGCCUACGCCAACGCGUACGAAGAUGAAUCGAGCACGUAGAUUGCUCCAUCGUGGUAGAGACGAUCAAGGUGCAUUGAGCGACUCUGAGUGUCAGCCGACCAGCUGGAGGCAAAGAUACUUUAGAGACGCCAAUAGCAAUCAUGCGAAAGUAUUGGAAUACGUAGCUGCUCAUCCACAGACGCCAAAGGAAUGUUCACCGAAGAAUACGCCUAUCAACACGCGCGGUGGAAGCCUCAAUCUUGGCAAGGAGUCGCAAAGGUUUCGCGAUAAGUUGAACCAGGGUCAGGAAAGGUUCAAGGAAGACAAGGUAUCCGCGUUGAAGCGAGAGGAUAAAAUGCAGAAGAGUUUCAGGCGUCGUGACGAUUCACAUAGGGAUGAAAAACCUUUGUCGAAGGAUGUAACCGUUUACAGGGACAAAUCGCGCUCGAGAAGUUCCGAGUUGGGGGCUAGUCAGGAAAGCAGUUCUACCGUAGCGAGCAGAGACUCCGAUCAGGAGGAAGAUUCUCCGAGGCACAAGGUCACGGUCGUAAGGUGGCAUAGCUUUCAAAGGGGCUCCCUAUAUCCGGAACCACUCGAUCCCCUUUGUCCAAGAGCUAUGGCUUCGAUGUCCUGCGGACAACUAUUGGUCCUUAGAAAAUUAGCAUUGCUCAAAUUAACAGCUUGCAUGGAACGUUAUUGUCCAACACAUCGUACAGGAUGGAAUUGGGAAUUGCCAAAGUUCAUCAGAAAAAUUAAGACACCCGAUUACAAAGAUAAAACUGUAUUUGGUGUACCUCUGCUUCUAUCUCUCCAGAGAACUGGUCAGGCUCUACCAAAAAGUAUACAAAACGCUUUAAGAUGGAUCAGAACUAAUGCAUUAGAUCAAGUUGGGUUAUUCAGAAAGAGUGGUGUCAGGUCGAGAAUACAAAAGUUGAAAGUUAUGACGGAAACUCAAGGCGAUAGCAUUAAUUUCGACGGUCAACAAGCUUUCGAUGUAGCAGAUUUAGUGAAACAAUACUUCAGGGAAUUACCCGAAGCUUUAUUGACGAACAAGCUCUCUGAAACGUUCAUCGCUAUCUUUCAACAUGUUCCAUUGGACCUACGACCGGACGCAGUUCAGUGUGUCCUCCUCCUAUUACCGGACGAACAUCGAGAGGCUUUGGAAGCGUUGCUCGAUUUUUUGAAUCAUGUCGCAAGCAACUCGGUUUACAAUCAAAUGACAGCCUCGAAUCUGGCCGUGUGCCUGGCACCGAGCCUGUUCCACUUCAACCACAGCAACACAAACGUGACCAACAGGCCGAGCAGUGUAUCCCCUCGUAGGAGAAAGACCGUGGGCAGUCCCGAUCCGCGGGAAUUGUCGGAAAACAAAGCAGCGCACGAUUGUCUUCUGUAUCUGGUCAACAUGCAUCGUGAAUUAUUCAUGGUCUCAUCGGAUAUGCUGACACAGUGUCACUUCAAUUACAUGGAAGAGAGCGUUCCAGUCGCCCUCGAUGAACUCGGUUCGGAGCUCAAUCAAGACUGGAGGGGAUAUUUGAAAGCCUGCACGACUGCAUUGUUGAAAGAAGCAUGCGAAAAAAGUCGCGGAUGGGUCAACGUUAACAAUCCUGCCGAUAGUAGCGUCGAUAUGGCUUACAAAAAAGUUGGAGAUGGACAUCCUUUGCGACUUUGGCGAGUUUCGACUGAAGUCGAAGCACCACCUAAUGAACUGUUACAUCGUGUACUUAGGGAAAGACAUAUUUGGGAUCAGCAACUUCUCAAAUACAGAUUGGUCACAGAGUUGGAUAAAAACGUGGAAGUAUUUCAAUAUGCAAUUGGAAAUAUGAGUCCUCUUCCUGCACGGGAUUACUGUGUAUUAAGAUCCUGGCGUAACGAUCUUCCUAAGGGUGCUUGUGUUAUCGUUGAAACGUCGGUUGAACAUCCAGAUGCCCCGGUUAUGCUUGGUGGAACUCGCGGAAUCGUUUUAGCCUCGCGUUAUUUAAUUGAACCAUGCGGUAGUGGAAAAUCACGUAUCAUGCAUUUGUCUAGGGUCGAUACAAAAGGACGAACACCCGAUUGGUACAAUAAAAGUUACGGACAUAUAGCAGCACUACAUCUAAGUAAGAUUCGAAAUUCUUUCAAGCAUACUACCGAUGGGCCAGAGACCAAAGUUUGAGACGAGUAUACCGUGCAGUGUGCAACACUGCACGGUGCUUAUCCGUAUUAUCAAGAAACCGGCAAAACCAUAAAAAAGGAUUCCCGACUAUCUAAUAAUAUUACAAGAUUAACCAUUGACGAGAACUGAUUGAUUAUCAUGACUUUAUUACAUUUCAAGAUAUAUAAACGUGUCAAAAUUAAUUAUAAUACUCGCCGAUCCGAUGUAACAUUGUUUUUAACGUCCUCGUAUUAUCGUUGAAAUGUUAGAAUAUAUUUUUUAAGGAAACAAAAAAAAGAAGAAAAAAAAAAUAGAAAAAAAAGUAAGAUAUAUAUCGAAGAAACGUUAGGAUGAAAAAUGAUCGACGUUGACAAUUAAUUAAACGAUAAGAAAAAGAAACGUGGUUUUAUUAAAGCAUAUCUCUUUUUAAAUAUUACAAUUAAUUAGAUAGAUGUUAAACAACUCGCGUUCGAGAUUUUACAUAAUUUUAUGUGUCGUCGUCGAUCGGGAUGAAAGAAAAAAAAAAAAAAAGAAAUAAGAAAAGAACACAGAUAAACAAAACGAUCAAUGACUCUAUAAUAUAUUUUCAGAUGAAAAAAAAAUAUUAUGUCGUUUGUAAUGGCUAUACUUAAAUCAAAAUCGUAUAACGAGAAUCGUCGUUGAUGUUUGAUCGUUUAGAGAAAAGAAAAAAAAAAAAAAGAAAAAAAAGAUGAAUAUAUUUUUUUGUGUACACCGUGUUGUCUCGUAAAAAGAGAAGAAACACGUACGUCAAAAUGAAUAUAAAUAAAUAAAAUGUUAAAAGUGUAUAAUCGAAGACAGUUUCGAUCUUAAUUAUUUGAACAUUGUCAUUCGUUUCAAAGUGUGUAUUCAUUGUGCAUAGAUUGUAAGUAAUUCGAGAAUUCUCACGAUAUAUAUUUUUUAUUCAUUUUCCGGACCAAAUGCUAAUUUUUCUAUUGUAUCAUAUUCGCCUCAUAUCGCGUUUAAAAAUAUAGUUAUAUAUAUAUAUUAUAAUAUUAUACAUAAUAAGAGCAAAGAAAAAUGGAUGUAUAAAUAUCGUGUAAAUGUACAUUUUAUGUGGUACGUAUUUUUAAAUAAUUGUGUAUAAGUCUUGUUGAUUUAGGAUAGAUUGAACAUGCAACGUAAUUUCGUUGCAUGUUCGCAUAAUUAAUUUAUAUUAUUAAGUCAUAUAUUUCAUGACAAGCAUUAACCAAAAGUUAUAUAUUAAAAAUUGAAACAUUUCAAUAACUUUAUACUUUAUCGAAUAUGCAAAAACGCACAUUUAUUCUAAACAAUUCAUGGAAAUGACGCUUAUUGGAAUUACAAAGUUACAACAAACUUAUGUAAAUCUCUGAUUAUUAACUUUUAGAAUGAUCGUCGUUUGAGGGCAUUUAAAAAGGUACUAUUCGUUUGAAUAUGUCCACUUAGUCCAAAUAUAUAUAUAUAUAUCUAUUCUAGAGAAUUAAUAUCUAUUUUAAAGAAUUAAUCGAUUAAAUGAAAUCGGAAAACAAAAACAACAACAAAUAAAAAAAACUAAUAUUCGUAGAAUUGUGUGGGUGCGUGCGUGUAAAUGAAAAGAUUAUUUUUCGAACGUGUGUGCGUUGUAAUAUGAUGGCAUAUUAGUAAGAAAAAUUUAGGGACCAUCUUCGUUUCGAGCCUAUUAUUAAAUGAUCUGCGCUUAAACGCACUAUUCCCAGGUAUAAUAGUAAUAAUGGACAAAAAAAAAGAAAA